UUGGGAGGAUUGGAUAUGCUGGCACCCCCGCAGCCGCGCGGUGGUAGCGCCCUGAAUGUAUCCAGCGGCAGCAUUCGGAAGGGAGUCGGUGAAGGAGCGACCAUGGCGGCGGCGGAGGUGGCUCGGCAGUCGACCGAAGGUGCCCGGAACCUGUUGCUGUCUGCGCACGUUGGCUUUGACAGUAUGCCAGACCAGUUGGUCAACAAGUCAGUGUGUCAGGGAUUCUGCUUCAACAUCUUGUGUGUGGGUGAAACUGGUCUUGGGAAGUCCACCUUGAUGGACACCCUGUUCAACACCAAGUUCGAAAGUGAUCCCGCUUCGCACAGUCAGCCCGGAGUCCACAUAAAGUCCAACAGCUACGAACUGCAGGAGAGUAAUGUCCGCCUGAAACUGUCCAUUAUAAACAGUGUGGGAUUUGGGGACCAGAUUAACAAGGAAGAAAGCUACAGGUCUAUUGUGGAGUUUAUUGAUGCCCAGUUUGAGGCCUACCUGCAGGAGGAGUUGAAGAUCAAGCGUACGUUACACAACUACCACGACAGCCGCAUCCACGUCUGCCUGUACUUCAUCGCCCCCACCGGCCACUCGCUAAAGUCUCUCGAUCUGGUGACCAUGAAGAAACUGGACAGCAAGGUCAAUAUCAUUCCAAUCAUUGCCAAAGCAGAUUCCAUUUCCAAAACCGAGCUCCAGAAAUUCAAGAUCAAGAUCAUGAGUGAAUUGGUCAGCAACGGGGUCCAGAUCUACCAGUUCCCCACGGAUGACGAGACGGUGGCCGAGAUCAAUGGAACCAUGAACGCUCAUUUACCUUUUGCUGUCGUUGGAAGUACAGAGGAGAUUAAGAUUGGGAACAAGAUGAUGAAGGCACGGCAGUACCCCUGGGGUACAGUGCAGGUGGAGAAUGAGAGCCAUUGUGACUUUGUCAAACUGCGGGAGAUGCUGAUCCGGGUCAACAUGGAGGACCUACGGGAGCAAACCCACGCCCGUCACUACGAGCUGUACCGGCGCUGCAAGCUGGAGGAGAUGGGAUUCAAGGACACCGACCCCGACAACAAGCCCUUCAGUUUACAGGAGACGUAUGAAGCAAAGAGGAACGAGUUUCUGGGGGAGCUGCAAAAGAAGGAGGAGGAGAUGAGGCAGAUGUUUGUCACAAGAGUGAAGGAGAAGGAGUCUGAGCUGAAGGAGGCGGAGAAAGAGUUACAUGACAAGUUUGACCGUUUAAAGAAACUUCACCAGGAUGAAAAGAAGAAACUAGAGGAUAAAAAGAAGAGCCUAGAUGAUGAGAUGAACGCCUUUAAACAGAGAAAGACUGCGGCUGAAUUGCUGCAGUCGCAGGCCCAGCAGUCGGGAAGCCAGCAGACGCUCAAGCGGGAGAAAGAGCGGAAAAACUUCUUUUAAUAUCUGCUCGGCCUGCUCUGUGGAGGAGGAGACUGUCACCCAGAGAAGAGUUAGGGGACUCCCGUGCUGCUCUUUAACUGUGAAGCUAAACUCUGUACUUUCCCAAAAGGGCAAAUGGUCAGCCUUUGUGGGAUGCGGUUGGACUCGUCUCACGAGGCCAUUUUGUUUCUGCAGGCGGUCUUCUCAGUUGGGCCGCUGGCCGUGAAAUGUUCUGUUUUCUGAAUUUUGCUUGUUUAUGGAUUAAGACUGCAACGUUGCAAUAUUUUUGAAGCUUCUGUGUUAAGUGGGCUCACAUUUCCCCCAAUGUGUUGCAUACCUGUAUACCACUUCCCAUCCUGGAUAUAACUUGCCCUAUCCGUUUGAUGUACUGGAGCUGAAUUUUACCUUUCAUCUCGUUUGGGGGCUCCCUUCCUUUUUAAAUUUAAAAAAAAAAACACGUUUCACUCUGAGAGAUCUUCCACAUGUGGGUGGGUGAGUGUGUGGCGUGGGUCAGGGUGAGCUAAUCCGGGUAUGGCCGUUAGCUUCUAGAUGUGCCAUCACCCUGAAGCAUGGCUCAAAGGGAUGGGUAAUGCCCAAUUGUAUUGCAGCCUUGGUCAGGAAAAUAUAAUCAUAAAUUGGGAAAAGUGUAAAACUUUUAUACUAAACAGGUGCAAGGUCAGAGGGGGGGGGGGGGGGGGGGGGGGGGGGGGGGGGGGGGGGGAGUCCACACUAACAGUGCUGUAAAUAAUUGUAGCAUAUGAUGUGACACUCGGCCAUAUUGUCCCAGAAGACACCUUAUUCAGUUCCUUGUUUGCGGUGGAGAAGACACAGAGUGUGGAGUAACUCAGCAGUCGGGCAGCAUCUCGGGAGAACACGGCUGGGUGACGUUUCGGGUCGGGUCUCCUCCUCAGAUUGAAGAAGAGCCCUGACCUGAAACGUCGCCUGAGACGCUGCCUGAUCCGCUGGGCGACUCCAGCACUCUGUGUGUGUGUCUUUUUUUAAACCAGCAUCUGUAGUUCCUGGUUUCUACAUUCCUUGUUUGUGGGGUUGGUUUGGUUGGGAAUGGGUGGGAGAGGGGGAAGUGCAGCUUCUAGCUGGAUGGGAGGGGAUCGCUCUUGAGACCCUCAAUGAUGAGGUGUGGGCGAGAGAGAGAGAGAGAGAGAGGGGGCUUCAAAGUGCAUGUGAAAGAGGAGGUAGGAUUAGGCAAUGUUCUAUGUUUACAUGUGUGUGUGUUUCUCGGUUUUUCUAGGAGCUCAGUUGUGGAAUGAUGGGGUCCUUUAAUCUAUUUGUAACACUGGUCUAAUAUGAGGUUCCUCUAACAUUCCAAUAAAAUAGCAAAAACAGUUACGGUUGUUGGACAGAUUUUACUGGAAUACGUUGGAUUAUUUUUGGCAGUUAAAUAUCCGGUACUGAGGUCAAGGUUGCGAGAUGACGGCAGGAGCGUCGCGCAGGAGCUAUAUGUCGCCUCGUUACUGUUCCUGCAAUCAUUGCCUUUUAACCCUUGUCUGUCUUGCCCGUCGUAUGGAAGUAUUGCACCUUUCCAAACUUCCGCUUGCUUUGUGCUGUGUAUCUCUGCUUCUCUGUCGUCACUGAGUUACUGGGGCUGUGUACCCUCAUUUUUGUUUUGUUCAGAGGUCUUGCUGUUUGACCCAUCAGAAAAUGAUUUUCCUUUGGACUUUGCUACCCAUUGCUGUAACUUUACAAUAAAAGUCUGGGGGAGAAAAA